AUGAUAUCACCUUAAAGAAUAUCCCGUAUGUUGAUAUGACUCGUCUUGACGUCAGUCGGCCAAAUAAAUGUAUUUAAAUAUGUAACUAAAGUAAAAGUUCUUUUCAACCAAGAAGACGUUUUCAAUUUUUGAAGGAAUACAUGGCCCAUUAAGUAAUAAUGGUCAUGAUGAUAUAGGGUUUUCUUGGCCAUAAGAAGCACUUCUGAAGCCAUGGCACCCCUUUCUGAAGAAGAGGAAAAUUAUGUCCGCCUAGCAUUGUUAUUGAAAGGAGUGACACCUAGAGCAGUCCGUACUUAUUUUGACAGAGAAUUUCAUCCUACAUAUCUACCCUCAACACUGAAUAAAAACUACAACACUCUUUUGAACUUGAAAUUAAAAAAAAUCAUAAUUCAAGCUCAAUGGAAUCUUAUGAUUCUAAGAAAUGGGGUUCCGGAUUCCAAAACAUUCGAUGUAACGUUGAUGAUAUGUUUAAUCAGACACUUGACAUCUAUUAUUGCUCCGAUCAAUGGAUUUGACAGUCUACCACUACCAGGAGAGAGCACACCUGGGUCUGAUCUAGCCAGGAUAAAAUAUUACAGGAAUAAACUAGCUCAUCAUGAUAGUAAUAGAAUAGACUCUGUUUAUUUCAAUACAGCAUGGAGAGAUAUAUCAGAUGCUGUGGGUCGAUUAGGAGGUCAAACAUUGUAUCAAGAGUGUCAAGAGUUAAAGGUGAAAAUCUUAGAUCAGUCGAAUCACGAAAUUAUGUUGGAAAUCAAAACAGCUCUCGAAGAGAUAAAAGAAUUGAAACAAACAACUGACAAUUUGGAGACGGAACUCUCAAAAGUUAAAGAAUGUUUAAAAGACACAAUACCACCGAACAUAAAAGAUCAGUUUAAAAAACAAAUAGAAGACUGGGAAACAAAAGAUAAAAUGUUUGUGCCUACGAGAGCCAGUGAUUAUAUCGUUGAAUGUUUACAGGACAACAGUUGUGUGACUUUAACUGCUCCAUCAGGAGUUGGGAAAUCAUUUUACAGUAGACACACAGCACUAGUUCUACAGAAAGAAGGAUUCAAAAUAAUACCGGUGUACUCUCCAACAGACAUUAGAGAUUAUUAUCAGUCAGGCAAGAAGACAGUCUUCAUUGUAGAUGAUAUUUGUGGAAAUUUCACUGCCAACCAACAACAGAUUGAGAACUGGAAACAACUGUUACCUGUGAUUAACACAAUUAUUGCAGACAAAUGUUGUAAGAUUAUUGUAUCAUGGAGGUUACAAGUUUAUAAAGAUGAAAAGUUUAAUUUAUUAUCACCUUUUAAAUCCUGUGAAUGUAAUUUAGUAUCAGAUAAGUUAUGUCUUACGUCUUCGGAGAAAACAAAUAUAGCAAAAAAAUAUAUUGGUACAAGCAUGAAUGAUAUUGAUGACGUAUCUUAUAACAGAGAUUUUUUCCCACUCUUAUGUUCUUUAUAUCAUGACAAAAAACAUUUAGGCGUCAAAGAAUUUUUCAAAAAUCCAUUCGAUGUAUAUCAAAGUGAGCUAGACAAGUUAAGUGAGCAUGGUGAUGAAGGAAACUAUAAGAUAUGUAGUCUUGCUUUAUGUGUUCUCUUUAAUAAUCAGCUAGAAGAAAAGUGGUUCCAAGGUAAAGUGACAGACGGACAGCGACAAAUUAUAGAAGACACAUGCAAUGCUUGUGAAAUCAACAGAUAUACAUCAAAGGCAAAACUACAGAAAGCACUUGAUACUCUAGAUGGUACAUUUGUUUGUAAACAGAAUGGUAUUUAUAGUACUGUACAUGAUAAGUUGUUUGACUUCCUUGCUCAUUACUUUGGUCAGAAAAUGAUUGAAUGUUUAUUAGACCAUGCUGAUAUUCAUUUAGUGCAUGGACGUUUUAUUUCGCAGACAUCACAAGAUGACAUGAAGAAUAACAUAGACUUCGUUAUUGAAAUACCACAUGAUCAUUUAGAAUCAUAUUUGAUACGAUUUAUAAAGGACUGGUUAGCAGGAAAUGUGUCUGUUGUAUUCAGUAACAAUAAUUUGAAAGUACCAUCAUUCAGAGAACAUUUAUUACAGUUCUUGAAUCAACUAGACAUACUCCAGCAAGUAACAUUGGCUAAUACAAAGGAUACAGUGAUACCAAAGGCGAACCCUGCAUCAGGUAAUACACCACUGAUAGCGACUUGUUAUUAUGGUCAUACAAAUUUAGUACAGUGGAUAUUAAAUUAUGCUGUGGAUGUGAAUCAGUGUAGAGAUAAUGGGACUACUGGAUUGGUGAUGGCAAGUCAGGAAGGACAUACUCAUAUAGUAAAGUUACUGUUAGAGAAAGAUCCUAAUGUUGAUGUAUGUGACAAGGAUGAAUUGAGUCCUCUGAGACAGGCAAUUCAGGAAAGACAUAUUGAUAUAGUAAAGUUACUGAUAGAGAGCAAUUCUAAUGUUGAUCUAUGUGACAAUACUGGGUGUAGUCCUCUGCUUUUGGCCAGUCAUGAAGGACAUACUGAAAUAGUAAAGUUACUGUUAGAGAAGAAUCCUAAUGUUAAUUUAUGUGACAAGAACGGCUGUAGUCCUUUGUACAUGGCAAGCAAGAACAGACACACUGAUAUAGUAAAGUUACUGUUAGAGAAGGAUCCUAAUUUGAAUCAAAGUGACAUUGAGGACUGUAGUCCUCUAAACUUGGCAAGUGAGAAAGGAUAUACUGAUAUAGUAAAGUUACUGUUAGAGAGAAGUCGCAAGGUUGAUCUAUGUAACAAUCGUUGCUGUAGUCCUCUAUACAUGGCAAGUCAAAAUGGACAUACUGAUAUAGUAAAGUUACUGUUAGGGAAGGAUUCUAAUGUUAAUUUAUGUCAAAAUAAUGGCAGUAGUCCUCUGUACAUUGCAAGUCAACAAGGACAUACUCAAAUAGUAAAGUUACUCUUAGAGAAGGACCCUAAUGUUGAUUUAUAUGAUAAUGAGGGCAGUACUGCUCUGAACAGGGCAAGUCGUAAAGGAUAUACUGAUAUAGUAAGGUUCCUGAUAGAGAGCAAUUCUAAUGUUGAUCUAUGUGACAAUUUUGGCUGUAGUCCUCUGUUCUUGGCCAGUCAUGACGGACAUACUGAAAUAGUAAAGUUACUGUUAGAGAAGGAUCCAAAUGUUAAUCUUUCUCACAACAAUGGCUGUAGUCCACUGUACAUGGCAAGUCGGAAUGGACAUACUGAAAUAGUUAAGUUACUGUUACAGAAAGAUCCUGAUGUUGAUCUUUGUGACAAGGAUGGAUGUAGUCCUCUGUACUUUGCAAGUCGGAAUGGACAGGCUGAUAUAGUUAAGUUACUGUUAGAGAAGGAUCCUAAUGUUGAUCUAUGUAACAAAAAUUGCUGUAGUCCUCUGUACAUGGCAAGUUAUAAAGGACAUACUGAAAUAGUAAAGUUACUGUUACAGAAAGAUCCUAAUGUUGAUCUAUGUGACAAGGAUGACUGUAGUCCUCUGUACUUUGCAAGUAAAAAUGGACAUACUGAUAUAGUAAAAUUACUGUUAGACAAGGAUCCUAAUAUACAUAUAUGUGACAAUAAUUGCUGUAGUCCUCUGUUGAUGGCAAGUCAGAAUGGACAUACUAAUAUAGUGAAGUUACUGUUAGCUAAGGAUCAUAAUGUUGAUCUAUGUAACACUUUUUGCUGUAGUCCUCUGUACAUGGCAAGUUAUAAAGGAAAUACUGAAAUAGUAAAGUUACUGUUACAGAGAGAUCCUAAUGUUGAUCUUUGUGACAAGGACGGCUGUAGUCCUCUGUAUUUUGCAAGUAAAAAUGGACAUACUGAUAUAGUAAAACUACUGUUAGAGAAGGAUCCUAAUAUACAUCUAUGUGACAAUAAUUGCUGUAGUCCUCUGUUGAUGGCAAGUCAGAAUGGACAUUAUGAUACAGUAAAGUUACUGUUAGAGAAUAAUCCUAAUGUUGAUCUAUGUGACAAUAAUAGCUGCAGUCCACUGAGACAGGCAAUUCAGAAUGGACAUACUGAUAUAGUAAAGCUAUUGUUAGAGAAGGAUUCGAAUGUUGAUAUAUGUGACAAGUAUGGCUAUACACCACUGAUGAAGUCAUGUACUGGUAACCACACCAGUAUAGUUCAGCUAUUAAUGAAACACAAACCAGACAUUAAUGCCCAAUCAUUUGAUGGUGGUAAUGCUUUAUAUUUUAGUGCCCUGCAUGGAAACAUAAAAAUUACACAGUUACUAUUAGAGAACAAUGCUGACUGUAAUAUGCGUAUCAAUAGUAAACAGUCAUCAACAUAUACAAUUACUAACAAUACAGAGUACACGUUAGAUAAAGCAAAGCAAGAGUUGUUUGAUAGCCUGGUAAAGAAUACAUCAUCACAUGUAACAGCCUAUAUCAGAAAGAAUUCAGUAGAGUAUGCUUACGAUAUAGUAUCUGGUUCUUCUCCAUUACACAUUGCAUGCUUUAUCGGUAGAACAGAUGUAGUCCAUAAUCUCCUGGACCACAACGCUAACAUUAACAUAACAAAAGAAGAUGGCACCACACCAUUAUUUUAUGCAUGUGAAGUAGGACAUCAGGAUAUUGUACGUUUAUUGUUAGAUAAAGGAGCAGACACACAGAUAUGUAGAAUAGAUACGAAAUCCCCUUUAGACAUUGCAAAAGAUAAUGAACAUACAUCUAUAGUAGUGAUUGUAACAGAACACAUGAAGAAGGAGAAACAAUUACCUCUUUAAGUCUUGUUCUUUUGUAAGUGGUUUGUUGCUUAAUAACUAAAAUGUAUGCUCCAUGGUCUUAAGUUUACACCGGUGCGUUCUAUUUUGUUUUAAAUAAGUUAUUCUUUCCUGUAUGUUCUUUUUUGACCGGGCCCGAUUAGGUAGCUUAACAUCUUACAAGGUCUUUGUUUGAACUAUGAUAAUUGAUUUAUUGGUCUAAAGCUGUUAAAAUUACCUUAUUGCUACAGCUUUCACCAAUAAUGUACCCUGGUAUAAAAAUACAUGUAUCUUUAAGAACCAGGUGUCUGU